GGCAUUAGUACAUUUAUGUUGUUGUUUAACCAUCACCACUAUCCAUUCUCUAGAACUUUUUUAUUUUCCCAAACUCUGUACCCACUGAACAAUGAUUUUUCAUUCUCCCCUCCUUCUAGCCCCUGGUAACCACUAUUCUACUUUCUGUCUGUAUGACUUUGAUGAUGAAGUUUUUCAUUUCAUAUAAUUCCCUAGUCAUUUUCCAAACCAAUAUGUAAUACUGAUGUCUAUGUGUCUACAGGGAUCACCUCUUUUAAAAUGACCUUGACCUAACUAAGUGGGUAAUUGCCUUAUACUGGGAAAUGGUAGAUACUUCUUGUUAAGGACCUGAAACCACCUGGUUUAGUCAUUGCUCCUAGCCAUCACUAACCUUAUGUGUUCACUCUGAGAAAGAUCAUCUCUCUCAUUUGAAAAAACAAUAACUCUAGAAAAUUACUUUUAAGUGACAGGUAGUGAAAUUGGCUUCCUUGCAUCUGUAUUUUCAUGUGCUUUGUAUUCCAAACUUUUUACCAGUCUCCAUUGAGAAAGACAAAAAGAAUCAGGAACAGUUAUUUAAUAUUUUUAAUACCUCAACUUAUCAGUAUAAUAUCAUUGUGAACACUGGGCAACUGUGCAAAAAUGAGCACAUCUAAACUUAUGGAUUCAAGAUGGCCUUUUAGUCAUUUAAUGAACAAUAGGAAUUUUGGGACUUUGAAGAGAAGUGUUACUCUCACCAACUGACUUGGUCUUUAUUGCUGUGAGUACAUCAGUGUAACCAGGAGACUAAGGAACAGAACAGGAGAGGCAGCUCCGAGGGAGAGGCUUACCACUGACAUGGAUGCCUAGUGGGAAUGUAAAGGCCGCCCUAAAAGAAACACGGAGUUCCACAGUCACAUCCUGAAUGAACAUUAGGGAAAGUUUCCUGAGGUAGGUGGCCUGUAAAACAGAGGGUUCUGAAGGCCACACAUCAUUUUAGCUAGUACAUGUGGGGAAGGGAGACGUACGUGACAUGGAGCAUUCCUGAUGGAGGAAACCACCAGCAUUUAGGCUUAUGAAUUGGGUCCAAAAAACAGCUGGAAUUCUAGUUCUUGGGGGCAGUACCAUUCAGCUGGAGUGUGGAGUCUAGUCCUUGGGACAGAAGGGGCUUGGGCCUGUGCAGAGCACUUUGCACAGUGGAAUCCGGGCCUUUUGAAGCUUAAUAAGUUGUGCUUUAGAAGGGUAAGUCCGGGCAUGGUGUAUACAUAAGGUGAAUCAGAGAAGAUAAUUAUUUAAAGUGGAAAGGUUAAAGGCUGUUUAAUUAUUUCAGAGGAGGAUACUGAGGGUCUCUAAAUUAUAUCGGUUAUAGUGAGAUUGGAAAGGAGGUCCAAAAUGGCAGUGAUGCUGUAAAGAGAAUUCAUAGGACUGACCAACUGCCUGAAUGUAGAGAAUGAAGGAAGGUCGAGUGAUCAUAAAGUCACUUGGUUGUAAUGCAUAUCUUAUAAAAUUCAAAAGGUAUAAACGUAUAUAUAAUGAAAAUUAAGCCUCUUUUCUCGGUCCCUCAGCUCUUAUCACUUCUUAUACACUUUCUGAUAUCUGUGUAUAUGCAUAAGCUACAUUUAUAUUCUUGUUAAAAAUGUUAAAUGUAUUUUGACUUAAGCUCUGGACAAAAUAAAAUAUUAGAUAAAAUAAAAAAGGUUAGCUACUAUGCACAGUUAUCAAUACCUUGUUUUUAUCAUUUAACAAUGUAUCUUGGAGAUAUUCCUUGUCAAUACUGUAGAGCUGCCUUAUUUAUUUACUUAGCUAGUCCCCAAUUAAUAGAAACAUAUUUCCUGUCUUUGGCUAUUACAAAUUGUUUAGUGAAUAUCCUUGUUCGUGCAUCAUUUUGUACACAUACAAACAAGCAUAUCUAUAGGUUUAAAUUACUACAAGUGGGAUUGCUGAAUUAAAGGAUAUGUACACUUAAAGUGUUGAUAGAUAUCGCCAAAUUAUCUUCCAUAGAGGUUUUACCAGCAAUGCCUGUUUCUUCAAUCCUCAUGAUAGUAUGAUAUCAAGCAAUAUGAUCUUUCUCAAUCUGUAGAUUAAAAAAUGUCUAGUUGUCAUUUUAAUUUGCAUUUCUCUGAGACUGAGCAUCUUUUUGUAACUUUCAGAGGCAUUUGUAAUUCUUUUUUGGGGAACUUUUUGUCACUAGCUGGUUCCCAUUUCUCUGUUCAGAAGUUGGACUUCUAGGUAUGCAAUGGAAGGAGAAGAGAACAGGGCCAAAGAUGGAACUCUGGGGUCACUGAUUGAUAUGGGAUGAUUGGAGGAUGUGGUUCUUUGAAGGAGACUGAGUAGGAGUGUUCAGAGAGGUGGGAGGAAGGCCAAGAGAGAGGCCAUUAGAAGCUGAGGGAAGGCACAGUUUCGAAGAGGAUGUGACCAGUAGUGUCAAAUGUUACAGAGAGUUCAAGUAAGAUAAGCACUGAGAAGUGGCCACUGGAUCGAGUAAAUGGGAGGCCCUUGAUGACACUAUUGCAAAUAGUUCCAGUGGAAUGGUACAGCAGAACCUAGAAUCCAUUGGAUUGAGAAGUGAAUGGUUGAGAAAAUGAAGAUAAGAAGUGUUUAAUGUUUAAGCCUCAGUGCCUUCUUGAGAAAUAAAGAGAUAAAGCAAUGACAGAGAACGCUCUAGCUAGAUGGGGUUGUCAAGAGAGGGGUGCCUUUUGUUUCAGUGGGAGAAAUUUGAGCAAUUUUGUGUGCUGAAAUGAAUGACCUGUAAGGCUUUGGCCUAGGCGAGAAGAAAACUCCCUUUUCCAUUGGAACAGGAUGCAAGCAGGAAAGAUGGAUGCCAGUGCACUUAAGAUUGAAUGUGUGCUAUGAGGGGAAGACGUGAGAAUUGGAAGGAUUAUUACUUGGUCGUUCUAGAUCUCUGUGUAAAGAAAGGACUAGCCAUACUGUUUUCUACAGUGGCUGCACCAUUUUGCAUUCCCAUCAGCAGUGCACCAGGGUUCCACUUUUUCUGGAUAGGAGAAUUUGUGAAAGAAGUUUCUACAAUGGUGUGUUCAGCUCUCAGGAGAGUUGCACACGUGCGUGUCUACCUGGUGAGGAAGGCCAGUGGUGUCUCCAGAGGCCAUCAGCAUCAGGCCUUGGGCUCAAGGCCUGCUGCUUCAGAGUUUGCUGCCCGAGGCGCUCCAGGUAGUGUGGUGGAGCUGCUGGGUAAACCCUACCCUCAGGACGACUACAGCAACCUCUCCCAGAAGGUCCUCUCCAGGGUUGGCAGGAAUCUGCACAACCAGCAGCAUCACCCUCUUUGGCUGAUCAAGGAGAGGGUGAAGGAGCACUUCUAUAAGCAGUACGUGGGCCGCUUUGGGACUCCGCUGUUCUCCGUCUAUGAUGACCUUUCUCCAGUGGUCACAACCUGGCAGAACUUCGACAGCCUGCUCAUCCCAGCUGGCCACCCCAGCCGGAAGAAGGGGGACAACUAUUACCUGAAUAGGACUCACAUGCUGCGAGCCCACACGUCUGCGCACCAGUGGGACCUGCUGCAUGCUGGGCUGGAUGCCUUCCUGGUGGUGGGCGAUGUCUACCGGCGCGACCAGAUUGACUCCCAACACUACCCAGUUUUCCACCAGCUGGAGGCUGUCCGUCUCUUCUCCAAGCACGAGUUGUUUGCUGGCAUAAAGAAUGGAGAAAGCCUGCAGCUCUUUGAACAAAGUUCUCGCUCUGCCCAUAAACAAGAGACACAUACCAUGGAGGCCAUGAAGCUCGUAGAGUUUGACCUUAAACAAACACUUACCAGGCUUGUGACACAUCUUUUUGGAGAUGGACUGGACAUUAGAUGGGUAGACUGCUACUUUCCUUUUACUCAUCCUUCCUUCGAGAUGGAGAUCAACUUCCAUGGAGAAUGGCUAGAAGUUCUUGGCUGUGGUGUGAUGGAACAACAACUGGUAAAUUCAGCUGGUGCUCAAGAUCGGGUAGGUUGGGCCUUUGGCCUAGGACUAGAAAGACUGGCCAUGAUCCUCUAUGACAUCCCUGACAUCCGCCUCUUCUGGAGUGAGGAUGAGCGUUUCCUGAAGCAGUUCCUCGUGUCAGAUAUCAACCAGAAGGUGAAAUUUCAGCCUCUUAGCAAAUAUCCUGCUGUGAUAAAUGACAUCUCAUUCUGGUUGCCCUCUGAGAAUUACUCAGAAAACGAUUUCUAUGACUUAGUCCGAACAAUUGGAGGAGACCUGGUGGAAAAAGUUGAUCUCAUAGACAAGUUUGAACAUCCAAAGUGAGUCAGUGAGAACAAGUGCCAGUGAGGGCUCUUGGGGUAUAGGGCCUUGAAAAGGUAUAUAUUGUUCUUGGAGCGUUUCACUGACUGACCGGCAAGGUCCUCCCUCAGAACCAGUCUGUGUCCAUUAGAGAUGUGGUCAGUGGCCCUACGUUGGGGUGUCUCCGCUGCCUGUCUGCUGCUUCAGGUCCUGAGCAUCUGGCUAGAACAUGGAGAUCUUUGAAGGAUCAUCUGCUUUCUUCCCCUUGCUUCAGAGCUUUAGUGACCAAGGGUCACAUUCUUCCCCUAAGGUAAGUUGUCUCUUGAAUCUACUCUUAACUCGUCUGGUGGGUUUCUGAAUAAUUCUUUUUUUUUUUUUUUAGUCAUGCUCCACUUUGCUAAUAUUUGCUUCACUGUUGGACUAAGUUUUUAAAGGUUGUAUUCCCGAGAUAAUGUUUAACUUUUUGUGAGUGUGUCUUUCAAGUCUCUUUCUCCUGUAAUCCUGUGUGGGCACUUUUCUUAGGGAGUUGUGUGUGUGUGUGUGCAGAUGCACAUGCUAUUGAGUACCUGUUUUUUAUGAGGUACUCUGUUAUGUACUGGUACAGUAGGAGGACUGAGGCUCAGAGAGUCUAAUUUGCUGGCCUAUGGUCAAACAGCUAUUAAGUAGUCAUGGCUGGACUUGAAGGAGACACAGUAACUCUGACUUUGCUUUAUAUCAUGCAGAACAAACAAAUUAAUGCUGGGAGUGGGCCAUCUCCCCUAGUUCAAGCUCCUGUAUUUUGUUUUUCCAGGCAGGGUAAUAGACUUGGCCUUGCUUGCUCACGUAGCUAACUGACAGCAGAGGUUUCAUACAGAGGUUUCCAACAGCAGAGGUUUUGUGACAAAGCCCCCACUGCCCUGUUCCCAGUGCAGGCCAGAGACAGGCCAACUUCUCUUCCUUUGGGAGUAAACAGCUGUUUCAGAAGAUUGUCUUUAUUUUCAAAACGCCAUUCAUUUCCCUUGGUGCUCUUCUUACUCACUGUGGUGUGAUAUGACAGCAUCACAGAGAGGUAAGGCGCACCACUGAUUCUGUUCAGCGGGCAUCACGGUACACUGAACUGUCCAUUGUAUUUUGCAUGUCAACAGUUUUAAGGACAGCACACUCCCACACUGUAUUCCCUUACUGCCAAGUGCAGGUAAUGAAACUCAGGAUUAGUGUUAACCCAGGGAGCUAAUACAGAAGAUGCUGCUCAUCCACAAUGGUCAUCUGUGAGUUACCACGCAUCCCAAGCAUGGGUUACCAGGUAUCCAAGAGUUCAGACAUGGAGGCCGCCAGGGAAGCACCGUCAUGCUGCAGGUCGAGGACUGCUUUCCUGGGAACCGUUCAUGCUACCUCUGUCCUCCUAGGAGAGUUGUUCACCUGGUGUUCGCAGUACCUAAGUGUAUGUCCAUCAAAAAGCCACUAACAUUUUAUUGCACUUACUGAUUUAAUGUCCCUCCCACUAGACUAUAAACUCAAGGGUAGGAAUUUUGUAUUAUUGAUCUAUUCUCCUUGGUGCUUACCAUAAUGAUUGGACAAUUAGUAAAUAUUCACUGGAUGAAUGAAGUCCUCUUAGCCAUAGGCUUAUGCUAAUCCCACAUACGUAUAUACAUAUGUGUUUAAAUGUGGAUGUCUGCAAGGAUUCUAACACAUAAUAUCUAUGUAUACACAUAUAUAAUACACAUUUUAGACGCUUGUAGCUUAUCAUUUUGGGGGGACAAGUUUAUUACUAUAGAAAACUAUAAAUGUAAAAGAGUAAAGGCUUAAGCUUGAGCUCACUGACCAGGACAAUCCAUGGAGAAUGCUCUUCUGAACAUUGUAAAUCCCUCAUAGGCCUUUGUUUUCAGUCACUUGUCCACUGUUUAAGCUUUCUGAUUGUUUGGAGUAAGGACUGAUGAUGGUUUACUCCAAGAUAAAACUGUUACUCUGAAAAAAUAUAUUGUUAGCUUUAAAACCUUUUAGACUAUCUUAAAUUAUUUUUUUCUCCAUCUAAAGCAGUAAUUGAGAGCUGAUGGUAUAGCAUAUCCUGUCUUUGCCCCUGCAUGUGAACUCUAACCCAGCACCUCAGGAAAAAGCAUGGAAGAGGAUUUCUUAAAUGGCAAAAAAAAAAAGAACUUCCUCCUGUGCAUCUCACUCCAGCUUCUAUUGCAGACGUUGGAUACUUGCUCUCCAGGAUUAGAUAAGAGAGUAAUCUGCACAGCUGUAAACAACUUAAAAGAAGGACAAAUUUGAGAUACAUUGUGCUCUGUGGCUGUGCAUCAUUUAAAGGUCCAGGCUGCUGGCAGGGCAGGCACAGAAAGACGGGACCUGUGAAUAAAUUCACUGGGUGCAUCAAAGCCUCCACAGCCCAGCUGAUGUCUUCAGAGACCCCUCCCUGUCCUCAUGCUGCUCCAGCGCCUGCAGCUGUGAUGAGCGAGCGUAUUCACUCUGGCUCUUUUGGGUCUGGCCCUGCAGCACACAGCAUCUUGACCUGAACAUGGCCUCAUCCCAGAAAGAUGGAAUUGAAGGAAAUGACGUUAAGGGCUGAAAAAAUGAGCUUCAGGAAAAAUCUUAAUUAGUAGUUUUUUAUAGAAAUAUUUAUUUUAGACUAAUUAAGGAAAUAAAUGCCUCCACUCUAAGAAAAACGCAACUCCCUUAUGAUCUAUGUUCACACACACACAAAUUUUCUUCCAGGAGGAGGGAGCAAAUGUACAUGGGUGAGACAAAGAACUAAAAUAAUAAUCCAGCUUUGAUCAAAACUCCUUGUUACAGUGUUCCCUCUGAAAAUGAUUUCUAAUCAAUGAUCGCUACCACGGAGCACCGAGGAGUAAUUACCUUACAUGUGUUUCACUCUGAGCUGUGAUUAGAAACAAGAUGUGAGAUCGGAGGGGCAUAAAACAAAUAUAAAAAGGAAAAAAUCUCAAAUAGCUGAGAUCACGGGCUGUGGGAUAUUUAAUAGGUAUGGAGGUUUGCUCCAGGUAGUGAUGUCAACAUUUGUUUAUUCACUUGGUGAACAUUUCCCUGCUAUUUUGGGCAGCACUGAUGAUAGCGGCAGGAUGUUAAGGUAACUUAUCACAUGUUGCCCUUAUAGUCAAAAAUAAGGCGACCAGCUGGCUUUUAUUAGAGCGUGAGCUUGAGUUCACAGGUGUUCUGGUGGCAGAGAGGGAUUUGGGCUAGCAAAGCUACACCUUCCCACCAGGUGUCCCGUGGUUGGGAGCCAAUCUUCACCCUGAACUGCUUGGUGCCGUCUCCAGCCUGAGCAGUAGUUGGACCUGGGCUUUAUUAGUCCAAGGUGAGACACAGGGGCCUGCAAGGGAAUAAAAAGACUUGAAAUAUUUCUACUAGUGAAGGAGGCUAGGGUCAAGUGCAUGGCAAGAUUAUUGGGAAGGUGAAGACCACUUGGUCUCUGUUGAGGAAAGAAGUCCUUGGCCCGAAGUGCUUCCUGGGGCAUUUACUGUACCCAUGAGAGUUUCCAGUCUCUUAAGAAUAUACCAUGGGCGCUGGCCCCAUGGCCUAGUGGUUAAGUUCAGUACACUCUGCUUUGGUGCAGACCUACACCACUUGUCG